GGGCUAUUAAGUUUAUAAAGAAAAUGAAUAUCGGUUCUCUCGAGAUUGGAGAUUAUCUUGCGAUUGGAGCAAUCUUUUCUGCUACAGAUUCUGUUUGCACCUUGCAGGUGCUUAAUCAGGAUGAGACACCUUUACUAUACAGUCUAGUAUUUGGUGAAGGCGUUGUAAAUGAUGCCACAUCAGUGGUGCUUUUUAAUGCCGUUCAAAAUUUUGACCUAUCUCAUAUGAGCUCAAGCAUUGCUUUGCAGUUAGUUGGCAAUUUUUUAUAUUUGUUUAUCACAAGCACUGUGCUGGGAGUUGCUGUCGGACUGCUUAGCGCGUACAUUAUAAAAAAGCUAUAUUUUGGAAGGCAUUCCACUGAUCGUGAGGUUGCUAUUAUGAUACUCAUGGCUUACUUUUCGUAUUUGCUGGCAGAUCUAUUCUAUUUAAGUGCCAUCCUCACUGUGUUUUUUUGCGGGAUUGUGAUGUCCCACUACACCUGGCACAAUGUCACUGAAAGUUCGAGAAUCACUGCUAAGCAUGCUUUUGCGACAUUGUCAUUUGUUGCUGAGAUAUUUAUUUUUCUCUACGUUGGCAUGGAUGCUUUGGACAUUGAAAAGUGGAGUGUUGUUAGUGACAGCCCUGGAACAUCAGUUUGGUCUCCUCACGAGAAAAUUUAUCUGAAGCAGCAAGUUACAAUAUGGUGGGCUGGUCUAAUGCGAGGUUCUGUUUCUAUGGCUCUUGCUUAUAAUCAGUUUACAAAGUAUGGCCAUACCAAACUACGUGGGAAUUCGAUGAUGGUCACCAGUACCAUCACAGUUGUUCUCUUCAGCACAGUGGUGAGACAUGUUAAUUCUUAG